UGGUGAGAUGACGCUGUGAAUUUAAACUCCGGCGGGAAGUGAACUUGUGGUUUUUGUUAGUUGGGUCUUCAAAUCUGUUGUGCUUUUUGAGCAUUGAAUAGCUAUAACAUGGUUAGGACGAAGGCAGACAGCGUUCCUGGAACUUACAGAAAAGCUGUGGCUGCCACGGCGCCAAGGAAGUCUUUGGGCGCCUCUAGUUCUGCGAACGCAAGUUUCUCACAAACGGGCACGCCAGCAAAAGGCAAGUAUGCUGGUGGGAAUCCGGUGUGUCCUCGACCCACCCCGACUUGGCAGAAGGGUAUUGGAGAUUUCUUUGGUGGCCCAGGCAGGAAGCCCGAAAAAGAAAACCAGCUCCCUGUUUCAGAUGAUGAGGAGGCUGGGGGCAGUGGUGCGUCAAAGGCACCCCGGAAGUCCCGCCCCUUGCCUGAUGAUGAUGAUGAAGAGGAUGCGGAAUGAGCCUGAACUUUAGGAUUUUAAUUUUUUAUUGCAUGGAAAGCCAUUGGAAGCCCUACUUGAAGAGUUAAUUGUGUACAUCUGUAAAUAAUUUAUGCAGUGUAAUUGUGUUGUACAGUUUAAUAAAAUGUUUUCCAGUAA